AUGCUUUAUUACUUCAUCAGCCUCACCUACUGCGCUCUGGCACGGCUCUGUGAUCGGGAGGACUUCUCCCCGGCCGGCUUGCUCCCUCUCCGAGCGAGCGGAGGCCGAGUGGGGCGGUAUGAGGCCGAUACUCUGUCAUUUCCUGUCAGAUCAUUUUGGAGGAAUUUGCUCUUAUUUCCUCCUGGCCACAAUUCCCCACCUCCACCCCUGCCUCCCCAGCUCAGCACUGGCCCUAUGCCCUACAGUACAGUGGUGGCCAAGGCAACAGGAAAUCGUAAACGUGGCUACACCAUGAAAAUAAUUUUCGAGUACGUUAUUUCUCUCCGUGUUCAGACCGGCCUGACCGUGUCUUCAGUCUCCAUCAGAGACCUGCUGCGUGUGGACACGCAUAGCAGUUUUCCCAACAGAGACGCAUCGAAUGCCCUUUUCCGGAAACAACACUUCCAGAAAUGUGCUGACCAAGAAGAAACAGCAGGGCUUGUAGAUGCAGGCUUCAUGAUGCAGACUGGCAUCCAGGAGCAAAAUGACUGUUUGGAACCAGUAAGACCAGAGGGACAGGAGACCUUCACACCCGCUCCCCAGGGCAGUUGGCUGAGUGCUUUGGGGACGUGGGCCCUGUCACAGAAAGCAUCAGAGGACUGGUACCCCCUGAUACCCGAGCCAACCCCGAACCACCGCUGCCUGAAAUUGCCUUUGAUUCGCGAGGAGCAAACCCAGGCUUGCAGAGCCCGCUGCUUCUCCAUUCCGCACAGGGCUGUAGCAGCCGCAAAGAUCAACACCAAUGUCACCAUCGGCUGCUUAAAUGCCACAAAAGGCGCGCUGCGAGACCGGGAAUCCCCGCCCGGCGCCCGCGGGGCCGCGCCGCCCCAGCCGCGCGCGCACGCCUCGGCCCUCGCCCCCUCCCCCGAAAUCAUAUUUAGAGGGUUUUUUUCUUUCUUUCUUCAUCCCCCCCCUCCUGUGACAUUUUCUCCAAAUCGGAUAGUGAAGUGUAAGUCGAGCUUCGCCGCAGGCAACCCUGGGUCUCCGCCUUCAGACUCGGGGUCCCUGAGUGGGGUGCGCUGCCCCAGCGCUGCUAACCCAGGGGACGGGGUGGGAUCCCCCCCCACACACACACCCACCCAGCCGAGCGCCGUGGGCCCGGCCGUUCCACCAAGUGAGGCCGAGGAGCGCGUGAGGCCCACGCCCGUCUCGGGCCGGGGCACUGGUGCGCUCCGAGCACGACGGGUGGCCGGCCUCGCGGCGGGUUCAAGUGCACGCCCGGGGUUGGAGCCCGCGGCUCGGCGAGCGAGUUCUCUCCUGCUCAGCCCCCUCUCCGGAGUUCACUGUGCCCCGCUGCUCCUGGGACCCCCCUCUCCCAGCCCUCCCAGUCGCGAUGAGCCGGCGGCCUGGGGCGCGAACCCGGGCGCGCUCCACCCCGGCCCCAGCCCACGGCGCGGGCUCCCCAAGAGCAACGUGGAGGCUCCGCCUGGAAAAGAAGUCCGACUUCCUCUCCGCGCUGCUCUGGUGCGAUCUGGAAUCGGCAGGAAAUGGCUCGAACACCCGUCCCGCGCCUUUGCAGUCAGCCCUCGCUUUGCUGAAGGGAAGCAGCUCCCACCAAAGUCUUAUCGCCCCCUCCCCCACGAAAGACCCGCGCAGUUCCAAAAUGAUGCAAACGCGGCCAGCUGCGGAGUCAGUAUUAGGAGCGUAUUGAUGAGAAGUUAGUGAAAUAGGAAAUAAAUGGGAGUGACAUUUCGUGGCAUCGUUUUUCCUCCCGGAUGUUCAAGGUUUUAAGCUGCAUUUAAGAAUUAGCUACAUUCUGCCAGAAAGUAAAUACUAAGCAAACUGGUUGCCGAAGCUCAGAAGAGGUAAGUGCAGCUUCCCAUAUAAGACCUUCCAGUUUCCUGUUGAGGCUUGCACAGGUUACUGGGAUGAGGAUACCUGAUACUUGUGAUUUGACAGAUGGCAAGAACGUUUGAUUUUGAUGUGGCAAGGUAAUGUUUAAAGCAAACGGAGCACCCAAGGAUCUUUUUGAUAAAGUAGUGUUCACUUCUAGCCCGAAAGAAAUGUAACUCAUUUAUAGUGGUAGUUAUAGCCCCAUGUUUUAGAUUUUUUUUUUUCUUAUAACACACAUGAAAAAAAAAGCGGUCUUUUAAUAAUUUUUUUAAACACUGUCUAUUGUCAUUUGCGAAAUAUUGAAUUCAAAAUAGCCUGGAUGGGAUCAUUGGAGUUAAAAAAGCAAACAAGUCCAUUUAACUACGGUUUGACAUUUGCUAGCCAAGGCUUUGAGAGCUACUAAAAACAGAAUUAAAAGAGGAAUUGAGCCAUUCCCUGCAAACAGCAAUUGUAAUGUGGUCAAUCAGUGUUGCCUUUGAAAACGAAGGCCAAGUAUGUUUAUGGAAGUACAGAAACAAAUAUUUUACUGCAUAAGAUUUUCUCAGUUCAGACUAAAAGUUUUGUAUUUAAAAUUUUAUGAUACACAUUUUUUCGUUCAUUUAUGAAGUCCAAAAGGAAACUUUCUGUGUUCACAUUUCAGAUUGAAGUUCAUCUGUCCUUCAGAAAAAGUAUUUUCAUAACUACUAAAAACACCAUCAUGACUAGUAUUUUUAAUUCUCUUCAGGUAGAUAUAUGACUGGUGUAAUUUUUUUUUUUUUUAAACAAGAUUAGUACAGCCCUAUUCAAGGAGUUUAGGGGAGUGAACAAGGUUUCCAAACCUGUGAGUGCAUCUGUGUAAAAUGGUAAAAUCAAAGAUUGUUGUAAGGAAACUUGGGAAUUAACACAUUUUAAAUGAAUAUAAAAACACUUUUGAGAGGGGUUCUUCCCCACUAUUUCUGUUUUCCAGAAAAAAAAAAAUCAGAGACUGUUUUCCAUUCUAUAGAUCUACUAUAAUCAGGUAUAAGAAAAAUUAUUACAUAACAACAGGUCCAUCAAGAUGGUGGAUAUUUUGAAUGUAUUACGAAGGAAAAAGAGCAUCUUGGCCUUUGGUAUGUUGGAGGUACUUGAAAAGGCAAGAAGCUUGUAGAAAUAUUUUACUACUGAAAUCAACAAGACCAUUAAAAUGUGCAAGUAAUUAUAUUCUAAGUGGCCGAGAAGUAUUUUUUCCAACUGCUUUUGAAACUUGAAAAAUUUUGUGUGUACUUUAAUUAGUACCUUUGUUAAAUGUUCCAAAUAUUUUGUUAUAUGAGCUGUAUGAUGGAACUAUUAUUGGACUUUGUGGUUUUCCUGUGUACAUGAACAGUUAAGAAAUGUUUUAUUUAAAUCUUCUCUUAUCUGUACCAUGGGAUAAAUUUGAACAUGUACCCUGUUGGAGUAAAGAUCAACACAAGUUCAUUUUUCUCUCCAAAACCUGACAUUG